AGAAUAAAUAAAUAUAUAAAAAUAUUAAUUAUUUUUAACAACCAUGAGGCCGAGAUUAUAUCAAUAAGACAAAAAAAUUAUUGUAAAAUCGCAUUAAUAUUAUAGAAUUAUUCUUUUGACUCCAAUCAAUAUGGGUUUCCCCAGACCACUAAGAAUAGAGACAAUCAAAAAGGUAUGUUUCAGCCAGAAUUCUACAAUAACGAAAGUUCGUCUCCCAGAAGAAGACCGUAUAAUCGAGUUAGUAUUCUAUAUUUAUAAUAAGGUUUCAAAUAAAAUCACUCCAUCCAUAAAUUUCUCCACUCAGAUUUCACAAUUUUCUAAAAAACUCACUCAACCCAGAUCCAAUCUCACAGACAAAUCAGGUUCGUCCAUUGAAAUCCAAAAGGAUAUGGAAAUCCUCCAGGAUUCGAAGAUAUAAGCCUCUCAAAAAUAGCAUUAUCAUACAUAAAAUUAUUAGUUAAAAUUAGAGACAAAAUCUAAAGAAAUCCAAACCGAGUUUAGUAAUUUUAAAAAGAAUGACUCCAUCGAAAGAGUGUAAGAAGCUAAAGUAAUUAAAUGCAUUCAAUACCCAUCCUUUUACUCCAUCUAUGGCAAAGGCAAAAAGGCAACCUCCAGAGAUCAGCAUUCCCUCUAAGUAAGACUCAUUCAAUCAACCAUUUAGAAAGUGUAUUCCAACAUUUUGGAUGAGUCGGGAUCGCCCAAACACUCAAAGCCCUUGGAUUGGUCAAAAAUCAAAGUCCCAUUGAAUAGCGAUGAAUGCUUAAAAGAGUAUGGAGGCUACUUAACACAAUUUGAAAAACAGGAAAUACAAUCGUAUAAGGAUGUAAUACAGAAUGAUUGAAUUUAAUUUAGAUUUAUUGCAUAGGAUAUUCAGCAAAAAAGUAAAACAAUUAGAUGACGUCGUUCAAUGAAGGAUUUGAUAAUGAAAAAGGAGAAUAUCAGAUUAAUAUAAAUGAUCAUAUUGCAUAUCGAUUUGAAGUGUUGGAAGUAAUUGGGAAGGGGAGUUUUGGUUAAGCACUUAAAGUAUUUGAUCAUUAGAAAAAUGUUGUUUCUUGUUUGAAGAUAAUUAGAAACAAAAAAAAGUUUUAUAAUUAAUCCCUAAUAGAAAUUCAAAUUUUAACAUACAUUAAAGAUAAGGAUCCUGAAAACCUGACAAAUAUCAUAAAGAUUAAAGACUAUUUUGUAUUUAGAAAUCAUGUGGUAAAAUUCUAAUGCUAAUUUUAAGUGUUUGAAUUUUGAAUUACUCUCAAUGAAUUUAUAUGACCUCAUCAAAUUAAACAACUUUUCAGGACUACAAUUAGAAUUGAUUAGGAGAUUUGCUAUUUAAAUACUUAACUCAUUGAGUUUUCUAUACAAACACAAUAUAAUUCAUUGCGAUUUAAAACCAGAAAAUAUUCUACUCAAACAUGCCAACAAGAGUGGCAUCAAAAUAAUAGACUUUGGCAGUAGCUGUUUUGAAGAUCAAAAAAUAUACACCUACAUCUAAUCCCGAUAUUACAGAGCCCCAGAAGUCAUCCUUGGAAUUCCUUACAGUAAAAGCAUUGACAUGUGGAGUUUCGGAUGCAUUCUAGCCGAAUUGUACCUCGGAUUCCCUUUAUUCCCUGGAGAAAACGAGCAAGAAUAAAUUAGUUUCAUACUAGAAAUGUUGGGUCCUCCCGAUCCAGAUAUGCUUCAAGUAUUCGAUUGAUUAUAAUUGAAAAGGGUGCUGAAAGGAGAAAAUUGUUUUUCAAAGAUUACCCCCCUUUUAAACCGUUAAUCUACUAAAACAAAAGAGGGAAAGUAAGAUUGCCUGGAAGCAAGAACUUGAAUAGCAUUUUAAGAUGCAAUGAUAAUUUAUUUGUUGACUUCUUGUCUAAAUGUUUGGUAUGGAAUCCAAAGAAAAGGAUCAAACCUAUCGAAGCGUUGAUGCAUGUCUUCAUUUUAGAAGGUUUACCCAGUUAAAUUAGACAACAGCAUAUUCAAUUUAUUGAAAAUGAGUAUCAAACCUAUUUAUAGAAAAAAAAUCCUUCUUUCUAAGGAGAGUAAGGAAAAUAAAUUUCUAUGAAUUUCACUUCAGAACCAGAAAUGUAUCAUAAUCCUAAGUUGAAAAGUUAAGUCUUAACUUAGAAAUUUUCAUACAUUAAACAACACUCAUAAGAAAGAGAGCCUGAGAAAGAAGUAGAAAAAGAAACUCAAAAUACAUCCAAAAGAUUAUCUUUGUCCUUUCAUUCGAAUAAACACUCCAAUUAUAAACAACCUUUUCUAUUUAAUUUACAUCCAGAAACAACUAAAAACUUAAUUAAAAAAAAGAUUAAUUGA